ACUUUGUGUGUCCCUGGACUCUUAAGCUGCUCCUGGUGCUUUCGACGGACUGCCGGCGAGCGCAAGCAUGAGCGAGAACGACAAGGAUGGCGAGAAGAGCGUGGCCGACACCCCCAUCGGCACCACCGUAUCUUCAUCGUCGGUGUCUCCAAUGCUGCCGACGUCCUCGUCGACGACGUACACUAAUGGCAACACGGAGCGAAAAAAUCAGAUGAACGGCGCAGUAGACGCACCCUCCUCCUCCAUAGCCGACCACGGCACCACCGCAGACGUGAAGGAACGGCCGCCGUCCCUUCUCAAACUAGUCAUCCCGGCGCAUGAGGCCGCUCGCGAAGGCUUGACGUCCGUGAGCUCGAGCUCGGACCCAUCUUCGAGUUCGUCGAUCUCGUCCCCCGACAGCGUGUCGUCGUCACACAGUCGGUCGGGGCUGCUGUCAGACCCGUCUUCUCCUCACAACGCGACGACCGACCAACCGCUGGACAAGAAGCGCACGUACAGCGCACACGAACUGCACUCGUGGGACUCGUCUGCCAAGAGCGGCGGGCCUCCUUCGUUCAAUCGGUCCGUGACCGCGAGUUCUGUGGACCGCAAGCAUUCGCUGCAGUCGUCGAUGGGUCCGCCGCCAUCGUUCGGGCUCGUGUCGACGAGUUUGCAAGUCGAGAUCCAGGCGGUGACGUUGCCCGCGGACGGGAUCAAGGAGGUCGAAGACGACAAGAGUACGCACACCGUGUUCGCGCUGGAGGUGCGACUCGUGAGUGGUCUGCGGUGGGUGAUUGAGAAGCGGUACUCGGACUUUCGCGACUUCCAUGACCGCAUGAAGAAGGCCAACGCAAGUGUGCGCAACCUACCCUUCCCCAAGAAGCAUUACUUUCGCGGCAAAUCCCACAGCGUGAUCGAACAGCGCCGACUCGACUUGGAAAGAUAUGUCAAGGACAUCCUGCACGUACAGCCGCUCAUGAAGAUGCCGAUCUUCAACUUCCUCGCGGUGUACGCCCAUCUGGAAUCAUAUGACCGCAAGAAGCGCCGCCAGCAAAAGGAAGUCGACUUGAAGCGCAUGAAGAACCUCCUUGCACCGGAUGAACUCGCCGACGUCCAAGCCGCAUUCCAGCGGCUCUGUACGUCCAAAGCGACCGCCAUCGCGUCUGUCGCCCCGUCGUCCAAGCAGCCUACUCCACAACCGACUACAACAGCUGCUACAACCAAUAGCAACAUAAACUCCCCCAAGUCGCCCGCGGUGUUGGCCCCUACUUUGGGACCCACCGCCGACGCGUCGACGUAUGCCGACGGCGGCGGUGGUCCAUCAACGUCGUCGUCGUCCAUCUCGUCGUCGUCGUCGUCUGCCGCGUCUUCUGCUGCCGACAACAACCUCAUGACCAAGACAGCGUUCCGACGCGAUGUGCUCAGUGUCUUCCCCGACAUGCCAUCGACGUUUGCGAUUCGGUUCAUGAAAGGGUUUAGUGACAAGUCGUCCAACGAAAUCUCUGUGGACGAGUUUGUGCGGGCGGUGGCGAUUCUGCGACACGGUUCCACAGACGACCAGCUGUUGUUCUCGUUCAAUAUGUGCGACCACGACCACCUCGGGAAGCUGCAAAGCACUGGCCUAAGCAACUUGCUCGUGAGUUUGUAUGGCCGCCCCGUGAUUGACAAGCCAGAGUAUAAACGUGUGGUGAACGAUCUGUUUGAUUAUGGGCGGUCGCGGCUCACGGCGGACGAGUUCGUACAUGCGAUGCUGACGCAGCCAUUGGACCACGUGGCGCUGGUGCUCGACUGGAUGCCAUCGUUCAUGCACAUUCUAUGUGAGACAGCGAGUCCAUCGCUGUUGGAGCUCCAGGAAGACUACAACCCCGUGGUGCAGCAAAAGAUACUCGAAACUGAGACAGCGUUCAGCGCGGCCGAGAUUGCGAUGCUCCAGGACGCGUUUGCCAUGUAUCGAUCUUCUUCUUCGUCUGCGACAUCGUCGUCCACCAACCACGCAUCCACAGGCCAAUCCACGACCAAUCGAACGGCGGCAAUCGAUUUGGAACUGUUGGCCGCCGACUUUGCCUUGCAAGUGUCGGACGCCCGACUUGUGACAGCGUUUGCCUCGUUCGGACCUCGAGCCAACGGCGUCGACAUUGACGUCUUUAGCUUCGUGCAUGCAUUGCAUAUUGCGUGUCGGGGCACUUGGCAAGACAAGGCCAGGUUUGGGUUUCGGCUCUUUUCAUCCACUGGUAACCCCGAGGUGAUGACCCGAGACGACCUUGUGGCGAUGCUACAGCUCGAAGUGUUGGUGCAUUCGCCCGUGGAAGGUCAUAUCCGCGCGUACUUUCCAGACUGUGACACGGCCGUGGUGUCGACUGCGCAGAUUGGGAUGUACGUGGACUUGGUCCUUAGCAGCACUGAUGACAGCGGCGGCGGCGGGUGGACGCUCGACUUGUUUACAAAGUGGGCAGCAUCCCGCGAUCACUUUCAAGUUGCGGCGCUCGACAUGAUGAAACGCACGGUAUUUGCCAAGCUGGGCUUGAUCCCAGCCAACAAAGCCGAAGAAAUCGACGUGGCGAGGCUGUGCUACCAACCGUACGAUCCGUCGGCAUUGGUCCAGGGCGACCAUUGGUUCAUUGUGGACCCCGUUUGGUUUGACCAUUGGCGGCGAUAUGUCGAGUUUAUCCCAGUGUUGGACACGUUUGCCAACCCCAACCCCAAGGCGAGGACAGCUACGACGACGACUGCUUCUACAACAUAUACAAGUACGUCGUCGCUCAAGGCGUCGUUGUCGUGGUCACCUCCGAAACCCCAAGUGACAUCGUCGUAUUCGUUGCUGUUGCCCAGCCCAGAGACAAAGAGAAAGGGGGAAACUGGUGGUGGUGGUGGCGGCAUGACGGCCUUUACCAACUUGCGCAAACCAGUCAAGAUCAAGCAAAUAGACGGCUCCAUGGCUGCCUUAGACGCUGCCACCGCCGCCGCCAAGCUACACGGACCACCGCCACCUCCGCCGCCGCCAUCCUCAUCCUCAUCGGGGCCAUCUUCCAUCGACGCAAAGCCAUCGUCCAUCGUAGACACGGACAACAACAUCGUUCGACCCAAGUACAUUGGCAACAUGGCGCUAUUCAAAGACAAACAGUUUGCCCCGACAGAUGACAUGCUCGCCGGCAAACACUUUGCCGUUGUGUGCGAACCGCUGUGGCGGGCACUCAAGGCAUGGUAUGGUGGCGGACCCGAGAUCAAGCAGACUGUGGUCGUGUUGAGUGACGGGCGGGCGACGCUCGACUUGUGGGGUACGGAGCGGCAGCAUGCGGCAACAAUGGAUGGCCAUGUCGUCGCGGCGGCUUCGACCACCGACGCCUCGUCCACGGCGCUCGCCGCGUCCAAGUACAAGCGCAUGCGCGGGGGCGGGUCCUUGGGCCUGAUCAACCUCGGCAACACGUGCUACAUGAACUCUGCCUUGCAAUGCAUUGUCAACACCCCCCUGUUUGUCGACUACUUUUUGUCAGGGAUGUACAUGGACGACAUCAACCGCACGUCGACUUUGGGGAUGCAGGGCAAGUUGGCCGAAGUGUACGGCAAGUUGCUCGAGGACCUGUGGAGCACCAAGUUCAAGCACGUGUCCCCCCGUGAGUUUAAGAAAACGAUCGGCAAAUUCAACGAAGCAUUUCGCGGCAAUGACCAGCAAGAUGCCCAGGAGCUGAUUGCGUUUCUCCUAAGCGGGCUUAGCGAAGACCUGAACCGAAUCCAUGACAAGCCAUACAUUUCCCAGCCCGAUUCCGACGGCCGGUACGAUUCCGACUUGGCCGACGAGUGGUGGCGCAACCAUCUCAAGCGCGAAGUGUCGAUCGUGGUGGCGCUGUUCACUGGUCAGUACAAAUCGCUGCUUACAUGCAGCGCUUGUGGGUUCAAAUCAGCCAGAUUCGAACCGUUCACGUUUCUCCAAGUGCCGCUGCCCGAGCCUACCCAUAACAACGUGACGAUUCCCAUUGUGUUUGCCGAUUCGAGGAUGAUGCCGCAGAAGCUCAGCCUUCGCCUCAGCAUCGACGCGACGAUUGUCGAGCUGAAAAAGCAGCUGGUCGACGUGUGCGUCGCCGACUUUGGGCUGCCGCUGCACUCUGUCGCAGAUAUCAAAAUCUGCGAAUACGCUGGCGCGCACAUUGUCGGGUUCAAAGCCGACAACCGCAAGCUAGGCCAGAUCCGAAGCAUCGACCGGUUGAUGGCAUUCCAGCUGGAACCACUCGCGCCGCGCGUGGUAGAUGUGACGAGGUUCCGCCGGCCGUCGCUGAUUCCGUACGAAAGCCCUGGAGACGACGACUACAUGGAGGAGGAAGAUGAAGAAGUCGAAGUGGUGGCCACGGACGAACUGGUCACAUCGCGGGGACGAACGCCCACGUCGUUAUAUCCACACAUGUUGGUGGAAGUGCAAAUCAAGGGCGAAUGGGUGGCUGGCACGGUCUUAACAACAACGACAUCUGACACGUGUGCGGUGCAGCUGCGACACGGGGACGUGGAAGAAAACGUAUCGCAGACCCGCGUGAGGCCCCGUCCGGCGCGGCUGCUCUACUGCCCCGUCAUCUCACGCAAGCUAGGGUACUCUCCAGUGUACUUUAAGAACCCGUUCCGGCCGCUGCCGUUUGGCACGCCGGACCUCGUCCGCAUCUGUCCGGAAAUGACCACCGGCGCCGCCUUGUAUGCGAUGGUGUGGGACCGCGUCCACCGGUUCUUCAAGCAGCGCCAUUCGACCACCACCACCAGCAACUCGACCCGCCGCGGACCGCCGCGCCAGCAUUCGAUUUGCGGACCUGUACAGCACAUUGACGAGUUAUUCUGCCAUCAAGACCUGCCGUUCCUGCUCCGACGGGUGGAAAGCAAAGGUAUCACAGACUCAAGGACGCCGUGGCUGCUCCGAUCAUUUGGAUGGACGAUUCCAUGUAAUGACCACUUUGUCGACUUGCUGGAGGACGAAACCAUCGCGAUUGACUGGGACGUUCAAGUGCUGCAGGAGGAAGUGGACAUGGACAAGAUGAAAGCGAUGGAUUUGCACCCGAGUGUGGCCAAGAACGACGUGUUGGACCACGGGCCGGUGCCGCUGAGUCAUUGUUUGGAUGCAUUUAGCCUUGAAGAAAAAAUCCCCGAGACGUACUGUUCGAGCUGCUGUGGUCACCAAGAAAUGACCAAAAAAUUGGAAAUCUGGCGCCUUCCUCCAGUUAUGGUCAUCCAACUCAAGCGGUUCCAGUACACGCAAACGUAUCGUCGCAAGCUUGGAUCAUUGGUACAAUUCCCUAUUCACGGACUGAACCUGGCGUCGUGCGUGGCGCCAUUUGAGGAGUUUCCAUCCAAGUAUCCGGAUAAGAAGGCGGCGGCGGCGGCGGUACCCCCCGAAGCCUUGCCAGAUGACCACCCGAUCAAGGACAUGUCUCCGGCGCCGCCCUCAACGGCUUCGUUCUCAUCUCCUCCGUCCGCUAACAUAAAUCGGGCCAGGCGCGGCUACACCAACACCAACCUGGAGCAGUCGCGAUGCCUCGAGACCCAUUACGACUUGUAUGGCGUGGUAAACCACCAAGGCGCGCUGGGCGGCGGCCACUACACGGCGUACGCCAAGAACAGCAUGGACGGCAACUGGUACUGCUACGACGACGAGCGCGUGCGGCUGAUUGAAGAGUCCAAGGUCGUGACAGCGUCAGCAUAUUUAUGCUUUUAUGUUCGCAAAGAUAUGGCAGAGAUCACCGUGGACGCCGUGUACCCGCCGAAAAAGGAUGGCAAGAUCACUGACGAAGAUAUCGACCGGUUCGUGGAAGAAAGCGACAAGGGCAAGUGUGCGCUCAUGUAAACACAAGCACCCAAUGAUCAUGUCUAGAAACCUCUCUCUGUAAUGUUGUUGUGUGUGUAUAUAUAUAUAUAUGUACGACUGGUGUUGGUGUGGA